AUGGAUAUCACAGAAGUUGGAGCUCCACAAGAAGAUCAUCUACUCGACCAUGAGAUCUCCUCAUUAAAUCACUUGAUAGAUGAUCUUCUACCCAUGCAGAUAAUGACGAAUCACAUUGUGAAUAAUGAAAAGGUUCUUUAUGAGAUAUUAGAUGAAGUACCGAAUGGUCGCAAAUCGAUGAACAAACUGUUUUAUUCCAACUACGUUCCAAAGAAGGGUGAUGUAGUCUUAAAUUCUUACCCUAGUGCACGAUUGCAAACAUUAUCGACCACCAUCGCAAAUGAAUGGCUGAACGCAGAAAGACAAAGCAUAUCUCAAAUGAACUCUUCUACCUUACAGAUAGAAGAACCUAUCCUUUUCUCAUGGAGAGAGAAAUCGCAAGGAACAAAAGACUCAAGAGGAAGUGUUGAUGGCGUGGAUGAAAUAAAUAAGGAGACGCCGACGGUACGACAAAUCACCAACCAUGUAUUGUUCAAGAAGGCAUCUGCACAAAUAAAAAAGCUUUCAAGUGAAAUAAGGAUGAUUGAACCAACUGAAAACGGAUUAGCCGGUGACAGGGACAGGGAGAUCCACAGACCUAAAAUAUUGACCUGGGCAAAUCCCGACUUCCAUGUGGAUCCAUUGCAAACCUUUGUAGCCACAAAGCUACCAAAAUCCCCAAAGAAUGAGCCAAAACCAGAGAAGAGAAACAGUACAAAGAGGAGAAGCUUGUUCGGGUUUUGGAGUGGUCGUCGCAAGAAGGAUAAGGAGAAGCUUACAGACACAAAAGAGAGAGGCUCACAUGGCGACAAACAACUGGUAUCUUCCACAUCAAAUGCUGACAUAGAUGAUCUAUCUGCUGAAGGCCAAUCUGAUAAAAAGACCCGGGCAACCGAAUUAGAGAGCGCUGGAUCGACGCAGCACUCAGGGAACAAAAAUCUCGAGUUUGAGUUGGACGUUCUUGUCUAUAAGAACAAAAACGAAGAGCAAGAGGAACCAGGUGAGCAAUUGGAGCAAGGGAAAAAGGAAGAGAAAUGCGAUCAACGUGAGAGAUGCAGCAAAAGCUUUGAGUCCGAUAGAACUAAUGAAAUUGAUAGACCCAAUGUUAAUAGCGAAGAUGAUCAUGAAUUCGGUGAUUUUGAGCAGGCCUCAGAAUUGCUCGACCAAGAAUCAAUCUCACGAACAAAUGACCAUGCAGAUUAUCCCUCUUUCACGGCGGCGACGCACAUGCCAAGCUUGCAAGACCAUACAGACAGCCCGGUAAGCAUGGAUUCUUUUGUUCUUCUUCAACCGAAAAAAAAGGCAGUCAAGUAG